AAGGGAGUAGGAGUAUUUACUUCUUGUAUUGAUUUAUCUACCUACAGGCUACAACUUAUAAUAUUAUUAUUCAAUAUGAGUACUUCAAGGAAUAUUAAAGAAGAAGAUUUUGUUGGCUUUUUAAAUUCUCUCGGUGUGGAAACUUAUAAUCAAUCAAUUGGAUGGAUGCUAAGCAAUCGCAAAUUUUCUGAUGCUUUGCAAUGGAUCUAUCACAAUGUAGAUGAAAAUAAUUCUCUGACUGCAAUUGAAGAAUACAGAUAUGCAGACAUUGAAAAAAAAGGUGCACUCUUAUCUACUGAAGAAUUAGAAGAUAGUGUAUUAAAAAUACAACAGGAGUAUAAGGGUAUAGUGCUACCAGGAGAUCAUGAAUCAUUGGAGUAUGCAAAGUUAGAUGUCCAAUUGCAAAAGGAACGGUUAAAUAUGUUGCUUAAGCAGGAGGUUAUUGUUAAAGAAAUGAUUGACAAUAAUAAAGCCACAAAAGAUGCUUUAAAUAUAGAGCUCACAAAGUUAUGUGCAACGGAGCGAUGCCUGAUGAAUGAUGAAUCAUCAUUUGCCAAUGAAUGUGUGAAGUCAGCUGAAGAAGUGGAGACAGUCUUAUAUGAAACAAUGGAUAUUGUUGCGAAUACUCUUGAUGCAUUUGAAACUUGCAAGGACAAUAAGGACUUAUAUAAAAAAUAUUAUGCGUUUGGUCCAUUUAAGCAAUUGAAACAUUCUCAAGCGCUGUUCAGAUCACAUUAUGAUUUAUACUCGAAAUCCAAUAUUAACAUACAUAGGCACACAGAGCAAGAUAUUGAUGCACGUGAAGCACUUCAUGAGGCUAAGCGUUUGGACAGUAGAUUGGUACCUACUAUCGUAACUUACGUGGAAACCAAAGUUGAGUUGAGUGGUGAGCAAGCCAAGUUGAACCUUGCUACAAAUUAUACUAAUGUUCAUCCCAGUCAAAUUAAAAUGCGUACAUUAGAAGCUCGGAGUGCUGUUGAUUUAUUGGAGCAGGAGGAGGCCAAUAUGGUACGAGAAAUUUCAUGUGCAGCGAGACAACGUGUGGAAAUACGAAAUAACCUUGCUCUUGUGAAUAUCGGUAAAACGUCAUAUUCUAAGCGACUAGAAGCGCUAAAGGCGUUAAAAUAUCUGAAGACAGUAACUAGAGAAGCUUUCGUCUUGGACAAUCUGAUAUACAGGGGAUUACUGAGAGAAUUUGGUUGUGUUGAGGACAUGUUGCACUUCUCCACCGAAUUGAUGAAGUUGCUGAAGAUAGAAGGUCGAGCUGUUCGCUCGAGGAUUAGAUCUAUGGACGUGAUCACCUUGGAGCAUUUAGAAAAGGAGAAGAAGUUGUCUGCAUCUAAUGAUCUUAUGCAGUUUUUGUGUCAAUUGUAUGGCAUUGAUACUAAAGAUCCGACAGAUUUUGUAAAAGCAAAUAAUGAACUGAAAUGUUGUAUAAACGACUUAAAUGAGACAGUUAUCGAGAAGUUUUCAGCUAAGGAAGAUGCAAUCAGUCAAAGGGAAAAGGCAGCGUCACCGCUAGUCUCGUUGGUGUGGUCUGGAGCCAGUAAACAGCCAGAGAGUGUGAGCGUACCAGUAUCGCUCAUGCUGCACGCGCUCUCUCUGCAGAUGGAGAUGUGCAACCAAUCGGUCUCACAGACCUCAAGCAAAUUCACUACAAUUAGGUCGGGAGAUAAGAAUAACGAUCGUAAGCGGUGGCAAUGGUUCCUGACAGACCCGCAAGGUGUCGCGCGCCAUCAGACCAAGAAGGUUCAAUUAAUCGCUUCCUAAUUAUAUAUUCAAGUUUUGAUAUAAUCUUUAAUUAUUAUAUGUAAGUGUCGUGUAGUGUGUCAUUUUUGUCAUAAUAUUGCAUUUAUUCGAUUGUGAAUGUGUCUUUCCAAUAUAUUCUUGGGGAUA